ACUACCUACCCAAUGUGGGCACACUCUACACAAUCUGUUCAGGCAGUUUCUCGCAGUUCAUGAAAGGAUAUUUUUUUUACUUGAAAUCAUUUACAGUGGACAAAGAGUAUCUGACAGACGAUAAUGUCUGUCCGUCGUGCAAUGUGGCUUUGGCUGGUGUUACUUUCAUCUCGAAGUGAGUCUCUAGUUUUAAAUAUGGAGCCACAAACAAUCGAGCCUGGAAUAACUGAUCGAUUAUUGAUCAACUGUACCUUGCCAAGAAAUCAAAGUUCUGAAAUGGUCUUUCUCAAUUCUAUCUUUCUAACUCGAAGAUCUGACAAUGUCUCGGAGAACUUCAUGGACCUGGCUUCAAUAAAUAUUAACAGUAAAGAAAUGAUCAUUCAUAACAGCGCAGCUGUUGACGACGCUGCUGCGAGUGGCGAGAUCAACACCAGGGGUGACUCCUACCUAAGUCUGCUGUGGAUUUAUCCUAUACAACAGAUGGCUGGGGAGUACAGGUGUGAUGCUCACGGAGUGAGUCCAACAUGGAAACCGCUCACCAUCAGCAGCGCUAAAAAAGUAAUUGGAAAAAAAGUCGGACUAAUUUCAUUGAUUGAUCGCUUCAGACAGAUAGAGAUCAAUAUGGCUAAAUUAAAAAACGAAAAUAUUAAUUUGCGCAACGAUUUGAACAAAAGCGAAAUGGCUACAGCAAAUUUAUACACAAGAAUUGAGAAUUCCAGACAAUGGUUUUUUAAAGUUUCUUCCAUUUACAAAGGCAGACGAUAUUACAUGUCUCAACAGGAUCCAAACAGCGAAUCGGAACAGGCAAUGGCUAUUUGUGUCUUUUUCGGGGGCUACUUGGUUGAGAUCGAUGACACAGAUGAACACGCCUUUAUUGUGGCAUUUAUUCGACAGAUGGCUGGCUUCAACCUUGUACUAACGGGUGGCACGAAGCAAGGUCAUAAAGAUCUCUGGUUGUAUCGCCAGAGCAACACCAAGGUCCCUGAUUGGCUAAUGCAGCUUAGAAAAUGUGCCAAUUGUAACACCUUAUAUUUAUACGACAAAAUAAAUUGGUACGCUCUAGAUACUUUUGAUUAUCACACUCAUCCUCCUUACGAGCCUUCGCGUUUCCUGUGUGAGAUCCCUCUUUGAGAUAACAAGAAAGACGACUUGUUGUUAGAAUCAUCUCAAUUUUUAUUUAUUGUACAUAUAUUUCAAAUAUUAAAUCUGUUACACACAAUUUAUAGAGCUAAAUUUUUUUUUUUGUUAUCAUAAAGUUUUCUGCCUUAUAAAUGUACGAACAUUAUUUUUUACUUGCAAUAUAGUAAAAGUUGCACAAUAUAUAUAUAUUAUAUAUAUAUAUUUUAUUUAUAUACAUAUACAUGCUUCAUUAGCCUGUCGUAGAACGACUCAUCUCGAAGUCCCGAACACAUUCACGUGGCUGUGGAGCCCUCUUUUGGAGAGACACUCCCGUCUACAUAUAUUUCAGGUCAUGGUGGCUUUCGCCGAGAUGAUAGAAGAUCGGCCAUUUUCCGCGCGGCACGCUUUUCUUCAAGAGCUGAGGCCCAUGUUUUCUCGCUGUCUAUAGCUUUCUGGGUCACCGUCUCUCUCCAACUAGUGCGGUCUAAGGCUAUGUCUUCCCAACGGUCAGUAUUAAUGUUCACUGAUUUUAAAUCCCAUUUUAUUACAUCCACGUAA